AUGGGUUUCUUUACGGGAUGUGCUCGUUUGUUGCUGAUUACAUUCAACUUUAUUUUCUGGCUGUCUGGAGCAGCCAUCUUAGGUGUUGGAAUAUGGAUCCUUGUGGACCCCAACAUGAAAGAUUACAUGGACGUCAUCAAAGAUGCCUCCAACGAUGAUGAGUUUCUGAAGACAGCAGCAUACAUUCUGAUUGGCUUCGGUGCUUUUGUGUUCCUUGUGGGAUUCUCCGGAUGUUGUGGUGCUAUUAGGAGCAGCAAGUGCCUGCUGGCUUUUUAUAUUUUCUUCCUACUGGUCGUGUUUGCUGGGGAACUGGCUGCGGGCAUCUAUGUGGCUGUUUUCAAGAAUGACAUCAACAGCAAAUUGAAUCAAGGGUUGGCAGAAUCCAUCAAAAAGAACUAUAAGGACAAGUUGACCACUGCCUGGGAUAGUGUGCAAGUGGAGCUGAAAUGCUGUGGCGGAAACAGCUACAAAGAUUAUGAGAACAGUACUUGGGCAAAUGAAACUGGUUCAGUAAUCCCCGACAGUUGCUGCACCCAAAAUGCCACGGGUCAGCCUGAAAAUUUAGAGGGCUGUAAAAAACUGCUGGGUGGCACCUACUAUGAGAAGGGCUGCAAAGAUGCUCUUGAAAAUUGGAUAAACAGUCACAGUGCAAUUCUCAUCGGUGUUGGCUGUGGGAUUGCUGCCUUGGAGAUCAUUGGCCUGAUCUGUGCAAUCUGCUUCUGCCGCAACAUUGACAGGGAGAAAUAUAGCAGCAACUAG